AUGCAUGAUCUUAUGCAUGACCUUGCAGUUUUAGUUGCGAAAAGUGAGAGUUUGAUGGUAAAAUCGGACACAAAAGAAGUUCCUCCAAGAAUCUGUCAUGUGUCGGUUGAUUUGCCAUCUUUAAAUGAUAGACCAUGGGAAAUUCCAGCCCCGUUGCUUGGAGCUAUCGGGAUAAGAACAUUUUUUUUGCCGGCUCAACCACUACAUUUUCACGUUUCAUAUGCGGUGGAAUUAGAGAAUUCACUUUAUGCAAAAAUUGUUUCCACCUUUAAAAGGUUACGGGUGUUGGAUCUGCAUACAUUGCGGAUCGAAACGGUGCCAAGUUGCAUAAGUAAGCUAACACAUUUAAGGUAUGUAGAUCUCUCCGGUAAUUAUGGUAUCGAGACUCUGCCAAAUUCUAUAACCGAGUUGCUAAAUUUGCAAACCCUAAAACUUAGCAAUUGUGGCCUGAAACGAUUGCCAAGAGAGAUCAGAAAAUUGGUGAGCCUUAGGCAUCUCGAGAUUGAUGGUUGCCAUGGAUUGAGUGAUAUGCCGAGUGGACUGGGGGAGCUGACUUGCCUUCGAGCUUUACAAGAAUUCAAGGUGGGUCCAUCUAACAGGUUAAGUGAAUUGAAAGAUCUAAACAAUUUAUGGGAGAAGCUGUCAAUUGUACUACCGUGGAGGCUUCCGCUUUUAGGAAGGCCAAGAUUAAAAGAAGCAGAGGAAGCAAACUUGAAGGAGAAACAACACCUUCAGUCUUUGAUAUUUGAUUUUGGCAACUCUAUUGAUGAUGAUGAUGGUGAGUUAGAGUCGGUGUUGGAAGCUCUCCGGCCGCACACAAAUUUGAAAAAGCUUGAAAUAAAAAGGUAUCGGGGUGUGAGGUUACCAACAUGGAUGUCCUUCCUCCUGAAUCUUGUUCAAAUUUCUUUAGAGAAUUGUAACGGAUGCAAACAUCUUCCAAAAUUGGAGCAGCUUCCUUGUCUCAAAAGCCUCUCUCUUGAUCACUUAGAAUCGGUAGAGUACAUAGAUGACAACAGUUGUGGUGGUGUUAAUGAUGAGUCCUCCUCUUCUUCUCCAUCUUCUUCAACAGAGCCAACAACAACAACAGCAACGUUCUUUCCAUCACUGGAAAAUCUCUAUAUCAUGGAAAUGCCAAAAUUGAAGGAAUGGUGGAGGAGUAAAUUAGGAGAAGAUGAAGAACAAUCAACAGCAAACAAUCAAGAAGAGCGGCAGCUAUUAUCACACCCAUCAUUUCCUUGUCUUGUUGAAUCAGAUAUCUGCUUCUGCCCUCAGCUAACAUCAAUGCCUCUGCAACCAACUGUUGUAAAACUAAAUUUUCGGCAAGUCAGCGGGAGGGUAGUACAAGAGCAGUUACUGACGAUGGCAAAGGAAACCCCAACUACUGUUGCAACCUCAUCUUCUUCACUCGUUCCUCUUUCCAACUUAGAGCAACUAGACACAUGGGAAAUUGAGGAUCUAGUUACUCUGCCGGAGGAGGCAUUCCGACUUCUCACUUCUCUACUAAAACUGAAGAUUUAUAGUUGUCCAAAACUAACCUCUCUGUCCGGAGGGAUGAGGCAUCUCACCACCCUCGUGUCCCUGGAAAUCAAGUCCUGCAAAGAGUUGGAUUUGUCAGAUGGUGGCAUGCAUUUUCAAGGCCUCAGGAACCUAACUUCUCUGCGUAUCGUCGAUAUUCCCAAGUUGGUGUCUCUUCCUGCGGGGCUUCAACACGUUACCACUCUCCAAUCUCUAUACAUUGAUGGUUGUAAAAAUUUGGAAAGUUUACCAGAGUGGAUAGGCAACCUCACAUCACUUCAAAAACUUGGUAUUUGUGUUUGCCCGAGUUUGAAGUCACUUGAAAUCUCUGGCGUGAUUGGGAUUAGGGGAGAAAUAAUGGGAGGUGGUAACAGGAGGGACGAUGGAUCGUUGGUGAUCAACAAUAACAAUGUGUUUUCAGCGCUUGAGAGUCUUAGGAAGAAGAAGAAAACUGGUAAGUCAAAGAACAAUAGUUCUUCAAAUGCCCAAGUGUUACAAGGGGAAACUUGUCCCAUAUCGGAUCCGGAUGGGAAGUGA